AUGUCUGGAUUCGGAACCGAAAGUAUCCUGGGGUUCAUUUCCCUAGGGGCAAGGCCCCAUUGGAAAGGACCGCGCUCAUAUCAAGAGGAGGUCUUCGCCACCUUCAUACAUCUCCUCGAGCCAAGACUUCCCCGCGACCCCACAACCGCCUGGGUCAUCGAUGACGACAAUGUCUUCCCCGCUGACUCCAAACUCGUCGUGGAGGGCGACGACGCAGCCAUCCCCACCAACACCACCGGGCGUCCUGGCCGCCCACAUCUGCUCCAGCAGCUCGAUGGCCCGACGCACGCUCCGCACGUGCAGCAGGCCGUACAUGUCGCACAGGAUGCGGCGGAUGAUGCCCCUGUCGGCGUUGGUCCUGGCCUCGGCGCCCGCCACAAAGGCCGGCCACAGGAUGCCCUUGAAGUGCACGUCGUCGGACGCGAUGUGGUCCAGGUGCUCCGCCGCCACGAUGUGCGCCGUCCGCCCCAGCCGCUCGUCGUCGUCCUCGGCCCCGCCCAGAUGCCAGCGCAGCGCCCGCCGAGCGUAGAUGUAGAUUGCCCCCUGGUAGGCGUUUGCGAGGUGGUUUCGGUUGGGGACCUGGGCCGGGUCGCGGAAGUUGGCCGCCCACUGCGCGCUCGAAAACGUCUCGAGUCGGGAGAGGAGCUCGCUGGCGUAGUCGGGUUGUGGUGCGCCUCCCCGCGCCGCCGCGGAGCAGAGCGAGUUGAUUCGGCAGAGGGUCUUGAGCAGAUCAGAGGGGCAGCCCGUCCAGGAGCGGGACUCGGCGCGGUCCAGAAUCCUGUCCAGCUCUUGCAAGCCAAAGAGUUGUGA